GGUCCUCUUCUCAUUUUGUUCACUUGAAGUGUACAUUGUAGCGAGAGGAACGCGUGCCGAGAGUGUAUGUGAAGCGGGUUCUCUGCGCUCUUUCGCUCGCCAGUCGUUUUGGGAUUUUCUUGAUGCUCGAAUAGAAUAGACCAGUUAAAGCUAUUUAAUUACAACAUUUUCAGAUAAUGUAGAUUGCAUCUACUAACUUAAAUCUACUUACAUCUAAAUCAAUAAUAUUUUCUCUGUUUGGUGAGUUCGGCUGGCGAUUUCCUCUUGGAUUCAGGCGGAGAGCGGAACGGAACUAUGAACGUUACUGGAAUAAUUCCUUUUUGUCAUUUUCUCUAACGGGGACGAUAUUUUGAGGAAAACAACUGAUGAACUUUCGACUUGGAUUAUAAACAAAAAGUAAGGUGCAAGAGACAACGUCAUAUAGCAUAUUGUGUUUGGAGACAAAAUGAAACCGAUUCUAAUCUCGCCUAACAAAAUGAGAGAAUUGUGAGUCAUCUUCAACUACUGUACCCGCGUAAACCCCAGUUGCGUUGCGCUCCAAAUGAAAGAUUCUCUUACUGGAUCUAAACACUGUGUACGCCAUCUGACACCCGAACCAACAAUCUGCGAUAGUGACGAUAGCUGUAAUUCUCCCCAAAGUGUUGGAAUACAAAGCUCUCCUGUUUCUGCACUGACACCUCUGGAUCCUAUUCGCCAAGCAAAGCGAUUACCCAUCAGGAUUCUCAAGAUGUUGACCGCACAUACAAGCCACUUGCUUCACCCGGAAUACCUUCAGCCCCUGACUUCUGCAGCCGUUAGCAUAGAGUUGGAUGCUAAGAAAAGUCCCUUGGCCCUGUUGGCUCAGACCUGCUCCCAGAUAGGGAAGCCAGACCCUCCACCGUCCUCCAAGUUGAGCUCCAUCUCCUCCGGGGGACAUUCCGACAAAGAGCCCAGCUCUCGCUCCUCUUCCUCCAGCCUGAAGUUGGGCGAGCACCGGCCUGCCCUGGAGGACAAGUCCAGCUUCAAGCCUUACUCCAAGGUGGGCUCCGAUUGCAGGAGAGAUGGAGUGAGCUCAACCAGCAGUGGCAGUGGCAGCGGCAGUAACAGCAGUGACAAGGCUGGUUUCCGGGUCCCGCACAACAGCACCGGUUGCUCGUCCUUCCCCCCGCACGCCGUCUCCCCGAACUCCAGGGUCACCUCCGGGUCACCCCUGCCGUCGCACAUGCAGUCGCACAGACAGUCGCACUCGCCCUCUGUCCAGUCCGCCCCGCACUCCCAGAUGGCGAACGGUGACCACAAAUCAGCGGACCCUACGAACUCUGACGGCGGGAGCGCCGGCAGCAAGAAGGAGGCCGAGCUGAGCGGCAAGGGUGGCCAGGACGGCGCUCAGCUGGCCAACUCAAGCCACGCCAGAGCCAGUGUCAACUCCAGCAAUGGCAGCUCGGACAGUAGUCCUCACCACGAGGGCAAGUCGGACUCCCAGUCCUCGCAGCACAGUCUGGGACCCGGCCACAUCGCUCCCAUCUCUCCCUUCAAGUCCGGCCACUCUGUCUUCCCCUUGCCCUCAUCUGGCAUGGGCUACCACGGCUCCAUCGUGGGCGCCUACGCUGGCUACCCGUCCCAGUACGUGUCCGGCUUGGACCACACUAAGUCUGGCCUCGGGGGAGGGAGCGUGGGCAUGAAACACCCGAGCUCCAGCCCCCUCACAGGUGCCUCUCCUCCCUCCUUCAUGCAGGGCCUGUGCAGGGACCCGUACUGUCUGAGUUACCCCAACGCCCCUCACCUGGGCGGCAGCAGCUGCACGUCCUGCAUCCAUGACCCGUCGUCGUCCUCCGCCUCGGCGGCACUCAAGUCCGGCUUCCCGGGCCUGAUGUAUUCGGGCCACCCGCUGCACUCUCUCCACCACGCCAGCGCGCUCUCCUCCAGCGUCACGCCGUCACUCUCGCACCCGCUCUACACGUACGGCUUCGUGCUGCCCAACGAGCCGCAGCCGCACGCGUGCAACUGGGUGUCGGCCGGCCUGGGGCCCUGCGACAAGCGCUUCUCCUCCUCCGAGGAGCUCCUGGCGCACCUGCGCACGCACACCGCCUCCUCGCUCGACAGCGCCAAGCUCCUCUCGGCCGCGUACCCCGGCUCGUCCUCUGCCGCCGCUGCCGCCGCAGCGGCCGCUGCCGCCUGCCACCUGCACCUCCCCCAGAGCAGCGCGUCCAUGCCCAGCUCCUUCUCCCUGCGGGCACCCCCCAGCCUGGGCCUGGCGCGCUACCACCCCUACGGAAAGGUGCCUCUGCCCACCGCUGCCCCUACGCUGCCUAUGCACUCUCUGCAAGCUGGUGCGCCAUACUACUCGCACUACGCCCUCUACGGGCAGAGACUGGGAUCUGCAUCCGCACUGGGCUACCAAUGAGUCAUGAGUCUCGCAGCGCAGUGUUAGCCAGCUGAGAGCUAGCUUGUGCCUGCAUACACCCCUGCACCUGAUCAGGGGAAAGAAAAUGGGGCACGAUUGCAUGGCAACAGACUGCUUGGGCACACCAAGAUGAGCUAAGUUACUGGAAGAGUUGAUCGUCUCUUUGUGCGCUGCCAGACACUGAGAACGAUCCCUGGCUGGCUCUGGUCGGCAGUCCGCAUAUGAUUAACAGACUCGGGACGACUUCUGAUCGUCAACAUGCUUGUGAUGCAGUGAAGAUGUCUUCUAUUAUAGCUGUGGCAGCCGAAGAGAAGCUGGAUGCAUGCAAGCUUUGACCCUGACUGUGCAAUGGGAUACGGCUUUAAGAGUUACAGAAACUCGCCACCCAUGGACUGACCAAUUGUAUUUAUUUUCUACAGAGCGCUUUGCUUUCAUGUUUAUAUUCAAAACUAAGUUUGUUCUUUAAUUAUUAUUCUUAUUACUAUGAUUGUAAUUAUAAUAACAGAUAUCAACUUUCCUUCAAAAACAAGGUUUAUGGUCUACAGCCAUUGCUAGACCAUAGAUAAAGCAGCUGCAAGCUACAAAACAAAUUCUUUUUCUGUUUUUCCUGUGUUAUGUAAACUUUCUUUUCAUCUUUUUUCACUUUCCUAGCUUUUUUUGUCAGUCUUUGCAGAAUGAAUGUGCAUGUCGAACACUUCCCUCCUGGGCUUUGAUGACGCUUGAUAUUUUUUAUUUGUACAGCUGAUGAAUAAACUGUAAAGGAGAUGUAAUAUUUUUUGUAAUGUGUUGGAUUGAAAAGACUGGAUAGCAAGAGGCUUUAAAAAAAAAGAAAAACAAUGGUGGCAGUGCUAUCCAUUUUAAACUGGGAGGUCUUAUUUUGUUAAAUAAAUGACAUCGUUAUA